GUGACCCGGAAGUAAACAGAACGAGGCCACGCUAGAAUGCUAGUAGCGUUAGCUUGUGCUGAGAGGACGGCGGUGCUUCGUCGGGACGUUCGUUAGGUUUCUACAGAGAUAUAACGAUACGUGGUUCAGUUCCGAACAAUCCUCUUUAGCUAAAGUGUAGUAAAUGAGUGAAUACGUGUUGAACGUAAAGACAACGUGGCUGUGAUUGUGAGACUAGCAGAUGAUCAGAGCUGCUGCUGUUCAGAGGACUUUGGUGUUUGUUGGAGCUGAAGAUCUUCUGCAGCUGCAGGAACCAUGUCUUCAGAACCUCAGGAAGAUUCUGACAAAGAACAACUUUCUGCUGCUGAAGGAACCACCGUCCAGAACGAGCAGGAGCUCUGUGGUCAGAGCAGACUGAUGGAUUCCAGCUGGAACCCGCAGCUUCAGCUCCACAUUACAGUCCUCCCCCAGCAUUGGUCGACUGAAGAGGAUCUCUGCAACCAGCAGAGGAACUUCAGAGUGGACCAGGAGAAUCCAGAACCUCCACAGACUCCAGAGGAACUGCAGGAUCCAGAACCUUCAUCAAUGAAAGAGGAACCAGGAGAACUCUGCAUCAGUCAGGAUGAAGAGCAGCUUGAUCUGAAGCAGGAGACUGAAACCUUGAUGGAGAUUCCUACUUUGGAGGAACAUCUUGACAGUGAAGCAGAUGGAAACAAUCAGCAGAUCAGCGUCCUCCCUCAACGCUGGGUGAUAGAAGAAGAAGAUCUCUGGGACCAGCAGAGGAACUUCAGAGUGGAACAAAAAGAUCCAGAACUCAUGAAGACUAAAGAGGAACAGGAGGAACCAGAACCAUCACAGAUUAAAGGGGAACAGGAGGAACCAGAACCAUCACAGAUUAAAGAGGAACAGGAGGAACCAGAACCAUCACAGAUUAAGGAGGAACACAAAGGUUUCUGCAUCAGUCAGGAUGAAGAUCAGCUUGAUCUGAAGCAGGAGACUGAAACCUUGAUGGAGAUCCCUACUUUGGAGGAACAUGUUGACAGUGAAGCAGAUGGAAACAAUCAGCAGAGCUUUAAUGUAACUGAUAGUCAGGAUGAAGAAGGAAACCAACAUGAAGAAUCAACAUCAACUCCAGAUGAAGAGACAGAGCCACAGAACAGAGAUCAGAGGAAGAGAAGAGACAGAAGUCAUGUCCAAAGUGUGGCCAGCUCUCACAUGUCAGAAGGUCAGUGUGACUCUGAUGUUAACAAAAAGUUCCAGAAAGCAAGUUUUGUUAAGAAACACAAACAAUCCGCAAAAGAAAAGAGACUUUCCUCUGCAGGAUCUGGUAAAAGAACAAGAAUUCCGCAUGAUGUGUCUGUCCACAUGAGAACUAAGUCUGAUGAAAGACCUUAUGUCUGUAAAGAAUGUGACACAAGUUUUAGUCAUGCAUGUUAUCUCAAAAGACACAUGAGAAAUCAUACAGGAGAGAAACCUUUCAUGUGUAACGAAUGUGAUAAAAGUUUCAAUCAUUUAUCUAAUCUCAAAACACACAUUAGAACUCACACAGGAGAAAAGCCUUUUACAUGUAAACAAUGUAAUAAAAGUUUUAGUCAACCAUAUGACCUCAAAAAACACAUAAGAACUCAUACAGGAGAGAAGCCUUUUUUGUGUAAAGAAUGUGAUAAAGGUUUUAAUCAAACAUCUGACCUCAAAAAACACAUGAGACUUCACACAGGAGAGAAGCCUUUUUUGUGUCAAGAAUGUGACAAAAGUUUUAGUCUAAUAUCCUAUCUCAAAAAACACAUUAGAACUCAUACAGGAGAAAAGCCCUUUUUGUGUAAAGAAUGUGACCGAAGUUUUAGUCGCACAUCUCAUCUCAACACCCACAUGAGAACUCAUACAGGAGAGAAGCCUUUUUUGUGUGAAGAAUGUGACCGAAGUUUUAGUGAUCAAUCUAAUCUCAUAACACAUAUGAGAACUCAUACGGGAGACAAGCCUUUUUUGUGUAAAGAAUGUGAUAAAAGUUUUAGUCUAGAAUCUUAUCUCAAAAAACAUAUGAGAACUCAUACAAGAGAGAAGCCCUUUUUUAAAAAUAAGUGAAACUCGCAGCAGAGGACUUGUGAAGACAAAAGUAAUUGAACUACAAAGUUUCAAAUAUUGUAAAAAAAAAUCAUUUUUUCUCUUAUUUCAAGGGUCAUGUAAAAUCAACUUUAAAAAAAAGUGUAUUAUAAUGUUAAUUCCUCACUAUAAACAACCCCAAAUCAGUAUUUUGAUCCAUUCAGGCAUUUCUAAGUAAUUCUCUAAAAAUCUGCCCUCAGCACCAGCCCCUCCUAACCCACAAAAACAAGUGGAUUCUCACAAGCUGACAUCACUGUUACGCCCCAUUUUGUCUAGGGGUCUGGGGCAUAGCAGCACUUAAUUUUCACAAAAAAAAAAUGUGCGGCCAGUGCUAAACUAAAACUAAAAAGUCCAAAAAGCUGAAGUCCUCCAUACCACAUUGAUGCAGUCAUUCAAUGAAAAGGAGGAACACGUGAUUAUUGAAUGCAGACAAAAGAACACUUUUCUGAAAUCUGACAUGUGCUGAAAACAUCCUUUUUGAUUCUUCUGAUAUAAUAUUCUGAUUUUCUGAGACUAUCUUCUAGGUUUUCAUCAUCUAUCAGUCACUAUGAUCACAUUACUCAAAAUGAAGGAAUGUGUAAAUGAUUCUAUACAUCAUGAGUUUCACUUUUUGUAUGGAUUGACAAAAGUAUUAAACUUUUUAACCAUGUUUUUUCUUUUAGAUACACAUGUAAAUAUAAAUGUGUUGUUUUGAAUUAUGAGCUAUGUAAGAUUAAAAUUGUAAAGAUAUUUUGAUAAAGUUCAGUUUUUGUUGGUUACACUGUUAUUUGUAGAUUGUUGUAAUUUUAUUGUAUUGUUUAAAGUUGUUCAGUUACUCAUUUGUUGUAGUUUAUGUUUAUGUUGUAUUUUAUGUUGAGACAAUGUUGUAAAUGGUAAAUGGCGUGUACUUGUAUAGCACUUUUUACUAGGAAUGUUCCGAUCACGUGAUCGGAAAUCUGGCCCGAUCACGUGGUUGAUGACUCGAUCGAAAUCGGACGUUCUCCCUGAUCGGGAUCGGAUAUUUCAUUUAUUCUUCUUAUCAUCAGAGCUUUAUAUUUUAAUCUUAUUCUUCCGGAUAAAUACACCAGUAGAUGUCUGCAUGUCAUGAAGAAAUCACUAAAAUGUAAUUGCCAGAAAACACAGCAGAAAACAACGUCAGCUCAAGCAAUAAAAACAACAGUAAAGCUAACCAGGUCCUCACAGAUUCAGAUUUCCAGGAUCAGUAACUCUUUUAAAAAUGCUUUAAACUGGCAGUAAGAGUUUCUAUUGGUCCUAAGACAAACAACAACCUGUAAAGGCAUUUCAACAGAUAAAGGCAGAGUUUUUGUUUAUGUUUAAUGUUAAGCUCUUUGUGGUGCUGAGAGACAGAUGGCUACACAGCAGCUGCUAACUGCUACAUGCUAGCGCCGUGAUUUAACUCCUUAGGACCCGAGCUGUCCUUUGAUAUGCCUGUUUUAUUUAUCUG